AUGGGGAAGGGGAAGCCAAACCUGCCGGGUCCAUCCGCUGAAGUAAGCGAGGGGACAGAAGUCUUGAAACUGAAGCGAGAGAUCGGACUGACCAGCGCGGUGUCCUUGAUUGCUGGAACGAUGAUUGGCUCGGGUAUUUUUAUGUCCCCAGAGUGGGUACUGCGUAAUAUGGGUAGCCCUGGUGGUAGUCUGGUCGUCUGGGCAGCCUGUGGAUUACUGGCGACUUUUGGAGCCUUAUCCUAUGCAGAACUGGGCACCUUAAUUAAAGAGUCCGGUGGUGAUUAUAUCUACAUUCUGAGGAACUUUGGCUCUCUUCCUGCGUUCCUGUUUGCAUUUACCUCAGUCAUUGUGGUGAGACCCGCCAGCGUGGCAGCUGUCUCUCUAAGCUUUGCAGAAUAUACUGUGGCCCCCUUUUACCCUGGCUGUUCUUCCCCUGAGGUGGCUGUCAAGUGCACCGCUGUUUGCUGCAUCCUGCUUUUAACGUUGGUCAACUGUCUCAGUGUCCGGCUAGCCACCUCUAUUAUGAACCUAUUCACUGCGGCCAAAUUAUUGGCCUUGCUGGUCAUUGUAGUGGGAGGUGUGGUGGUUCUUGCUCAAGGGCAAACACAGAGUUUCCAGAACGCUUUUCAAAACACAAAAACAGGGGCAGGGAUCAUUGGAAUUGCAUUUUAUCAAGGGCUCUGGUCUUUCGAUGGAUGGAACAACCUGAACUAUGUGACUGAGGAAAUUAAGAAGCCUGAAGUGAACCUGCCAAGAGCAAUGCUAAUUGCUAUUCCUCUUGUUACCUGCUUCUACCUGCUGGUAAAUGUGAGCUAUUUUGCAGCCAUGACUCCUGCUGAACUUCUGUCUUCAGGUGCUGUGGCCAUUACUUGGGGAAAUAAGGUCCUAGGCAACUGGGCAUGGCUGAUGUCUUUAUCUGUUGCACUUUCUUCAUUCGGAUCAGCAAAUGGAACGUUCUUCAGCGGAGGCCGCGUAUGCUAUAUUGCCGCACGAGAGGGCCAUAUGCCAGACAUUCUAUCCAUGGCUCAUAUAAGAUGCCUCACACCUUCCCCUGCUCUCAUAUUUACCUCUGCGGUGUCUUUAAUGAUGGUUGUAUCUGGAAAUUUCAGUCAGAUUGUGAACCUUUUCAGUUUUACAGCUUGGAUCUUUUAUGGGAUAACUGUUACAGGCCUUUUGUGUUUAAAAAUUAAAAAACCAGAAUUACCACGAUCUUAUAAGGUCCCCAUACUCAUACCUGUGCUUUUCCUGCUGAUGUCUGUAUAUCUGGUGCUGGCACCCAUCAUAGACCAGCCUCAGAUUGAGUUCCUCUACGUCAUCUUGUUUGUUUUCAGUGGUGUCAUCUUUUAUUUCCCCCUCGUCCAUUACAAGUGUCACCCCACAUGCUUAAAGAGGCUCACUUUGCACCUUCAGCUACUUCUGGAAGUUGCCCCAACAGAAAGGGAUAUGAACUGAUCAAAUAUUUGCAUGGUUGCUAUGAGAGGAGCACAGAGCACCUCUCCCCUUGUGUACGUCUUACCUGAACCAGGAAAAAAGUUUCUUUCGUCAUCCAGAUGCUUUGGUCUCCCUUUGUCUCCCAUCAGCCCCACCAAGGACGGCCGAAGAAAAGGGAUGAUAAGAUUUGACGUCUGGAACUUCUGGAGGGUCAAAUGUUGCCAGUCUAUGGGGAAUAUAUGAGUACAUCA